AUGGCCCUCACUCUCACUGAUCUCCCUUUGGAGAUCCUUGAGAAUGUCUGCCAGAUGCUGUGCCCCCAUUGCCUCGGCACAACCGACAAAAUCCGUCGGCAACACUCGGCUUGGAAUAUGGCGCACCUCCGAGCUCUGUCGUCCCUCUCCCAGACCUGUUCGCUGCUCCGAACCAUCGCGCAGCCAAUUCUUCAUCACUCGCCGCUCGUUGGCACCGCGAGCUCCUUCUCGCUCGCCCUGGCCCUUUGCAAACGGCCAGAUCUCGGCGCAAGGGUCCGAGAGCUGCGGGUAGGAUCCGAGAUGUACAGCCAGCGGGACUACACCAUUACCGAGGAUGAGAGCGAGUACCUCACCAAGCAUCUGGCCGAGUUCUCAGAGUCAAGGGGCACGCCUAUUCAGGUGCUCCCAAAAUGGUGGCUCGAGAGCCGUCACCGUGACCCUCAGGGGCGAGACCAGAUCUUCUGCCUCCACAGCUCGCUCGCCCUAUCCUCUCUCGCCAUGUCGCACGCGCCCAACGUGAAGUUCCUCGACGUCCAGAUUGCUUGGGAGAAUCCUACGCACUUCCCCUUCACGCCACCUGGCUCCAUGCCGCGCUUGAAGGAGCUCACCAUCGCGUAUGCUGGACGCCAUAUGAACACCAACCUGAAGCGAAGCUUCGUUGGAAUGGCAGACAUAUUUCUUCAGGCUGCACCAAAUCUCACCUCUUUCAAAGCAAAGAACUGGCUGAUCCGGGGCAUUCCAGACACCGUCACUUUCGACCGCCUGGAGGAGCUGCAUCUCCGUCGUUGCCGCAUCGGGCUUUCGACUUUGGAGGAGUUGAUGCAAAAAGCAAAGAAGCUACGGGUGUUUUCGUACACUCCAGGCGCUGAUUUCCUCGACACCUUUGACGAUGCACCACCAAAGGAGGUUUUCCAGGCCAUAUUGCACCGAGCCGAUACCCUCCAGCAAGUCAAGUUGGACUUUACCUUAGCCCCGGACGUGAUAGCCCGGUGCGGUGGCGAUCCGUCAUUGUACUGCAUGGGGAGCAUCCGGGACAUGCGAGUCCUUGAGGCACUUGUUGUAGAGACCAGCACGAUCCGCUUCGGGCCAGGGGAGGGAGUGUACCCGCGAGAAACCAUCACCGAUCUGCUCCCGGUCUCGAUCAGGAGCUUGAAGAUCGUCCACUCCCCCACUGGACUAGACAGUGCGCUCUGCCAUCUGGCAGCUAAAGUGCCUGUCAAGUUUAAGGACAUGCGAACAAUAUACCUCACCGGCAGGCACGGCCAGGUCCAGACUGCGUUCCAAGCUGUCGGAGUUAAAACUUUUGUGUUGAAGGAGGAGCCUUCCCAGGCCCCAUUUGCUAUGUAUGUGUGA